AUGGGGACAGCUAAGAAAGAGAAAAGUAGAAGAGUUAGACAAGGAGAUGUUAGAGAUGGUAACCUUAGAGUUAAAGGUGAAAAUUUCUAUAGAGAUGCUAAGAAAGUUAAGCAUUUAAAUAUGUAUAAAGGAGGUAGAGCCAUUAGAAAUAAAAAUGGUGAAAUUAUUAGAGCUGCCGAAUUACAAAGUACUGAUGCUCCAAUUGCUAGAGUUGAUCCUAACAGAAGAUGGUUUGGUAAUACCAGAGUCAUUGCCCAAGAUGCUUUAACACAUUUCAGAAAUGCUAUGGCUGAUAAAAAGGAUAAUUCUUAUCAAGUUUUAUUAAGAAGAAAUAAGUUGCCUAUGUCACUUUUAGAUGAAAAAGAUACCACCGAAUCACCAAUUCUGAAAAUUAUUGAAACUGAAUCUUAUGAUUCAGCUUUUGGUCCUAAACAACAACGUAAGAAACCAAGAAACUUACAAGUUUCAAGUUUAGAAGAAUUAGCUGCUGUCACUGAAAAGGAUGGUGUUGCUUUUGAUGAUAAACAAGAAUUAAAUGCUACUUUAGGUUUAAUGGGAGGUUCCAUCAUGGAUCAAGAUGGGUUUACUCAAGAAGCUAAAGAAGCUAUUUUCCAUAAAGGUCAAUCUAAAAGAAUCUGGAAUGAAUUAUAUAAGGUUAUUGAUUCUUCAGAUGUGGUUAUUCAUGUUUUAGAUGCUAGAGAUCCUUUAGGGACAAGAUGUGAAAGUGUUGAGAAGUAUAUCAGAGAAGAAUGUCCACAUAAACAUUUGAUUUAUGUAUUGAAUAAGUGUGAUUUAGUUCCUACUUGGAUAGCGGCUGCUUGGGUUAAACAUUUAUCUAAGAAUUAUCCAACUUUAGCUUUCCAUGCUUCCAUUACCAAUUCUUUUGGUAAAGGUUCAUUGAUUCAAUUAUUACGUCAAUUCUCUUCUUUACACAGUGAUAGACAACAAAUUUCUGUUGGGUUUAUUGGAUACCCAAAUACCGGGAAAUCAUCUAUCAUCAAUACUUUACGUCGUAAGAAGGUUUGUCAAGUGGCACCAAUUCCUGGUGAAACCAAAGUUUGGCAAUAUAUCACAUUAAUGAAGAAAAUUUUCUUAAUUGAUUGUCCAGGAAUUGUCCCACCAUCAUCUAAAGAUACCAGUUCAGAUAUUCUUUUCCGUGGUGUAGUAAGAGUUGAACAUGUUUCAAAUCCUGAAACUUAUAUUCCAGAUUUAUUACAAAAAUGUCAAAGAAAGCAUUUGGAAAGAACUUAUGAAAUCAAAGGAUGGAAGAAUUUUGAAGAAGAUCCUUCAUUAUUAGAAGAAGCUACAUCAGAAUUUAUAGAGUUAAUAGCUAGAAAACAAGGGAAAUUAUUAAAAGGAGGUGAACCUGAUGAACAUGGAAUUGCUAAACAAGUAUUGAAUGAUUUUAAUCGUGGUAAAAUUCCUUGGUUUACUGCACCACCUCAAGAUGAUGAAGUAAGAGAAGGUGAAGAUAAAAAAGCCGGAGUAAAGAGGAAGAGAGCUGAAAGAGAAAGUAAGAAACAAUUGGAGUUGGAUGAAGAUAUGGAAGAUUAUAAGAAGCAAAAACUUGAUGAUAAUAAUGAAGAAUGGGAAGGAAUUAAAGAUUAG